UGUCGCUGAGGACCAACAGCAUAUUUAGGCAGAUGGUUCUAAUAUUUUGGCUCAUCAGUAUACCGUUCACGUAGUCCGCUAGUCUCCUCAGUUCAUACUCCAGAACAGUCGGCGGCAGUAUAUCACCUUUCGUUGUGUGCCAACUGCCGUCAAACAAUACCAACGACGAAGAAUGUGAAUCGCAUGCGCGUUACUGUUUGACCAGCUAACAUUAGCUUGAGUGGGCUUGCGUUCGAGUCCGACCGUAUGACAAACAUCAACGUAAAGCCGUGCCGCUGAGGGUUAUAUACACAGCCGUGUUACAGAAUAUACCCACCGAGAUACAGUGGUUGGAGGUUCUUGUGAUAAGGACAGAUCAAUGAUGUUGAACCCAACCAACGGGGAUCCGGUCCAUGUCGUUGCAAAUUAUGUCGAGGAAUAUUUGGAUCUGGUCGAAUCACUGCCUUUUGACUUGCAAAGGAGUGUCUCUCUCAUGAAGGAAAUCGAUGCAAAAUAUCAAGAUAUCCUAAAGGAACUGGAUGAUGCAUAUGAGCGUUACCGCCGGGAGUCUGAUCCACUUCAGAGACGUAGGCUUCAGUUAUCCAUUCAGAGGGCAUUGAUCCGCAGCCAGGAGCUCGGAGAUGAGAAGAUCCAGAUUGCUGGUCAAAUGGUGGAGUUGGUUGAGAACCGAACACGGCAGGUAGAUUGGCAUUCUGAGCUCCUUCAUACCAGUCAGGAAAGCCCAGAGAGCCACACUCCCAUGGCAGCCUCCAUGACAACCACCCCAACAUCCAUGUCAUCGUCAUCAUCAUCAGCCACCAUCACCCCAGGCAAAACUGGCCAUCAUGACAAGAGGCGUGAUGAGCCUGCCCCGGGUUCAGGGGGCGGAGACAAAUCAGGGGGAAAACGCUCGAGGCGGCAGAAGAACGGAGAGAGUCGGGAGAGCUACGGUGGUCUAGAUCACACCGAGGACGCAGGCAUGGGGGCGUCCCGGGAGAAGAGAGCCAAAACGUCAUCCAAGAAAAAGAAGCGGUCAAAGGGCAAGUCUGAGCGAGAGGUGUCACCCCCAGACCUGCCCAUCGACCCAGACGAGCCGACAUACUGCCUGUGCGAGCAGGUGUCCUACGGGGAGAUGAUUGGCUGUGAUAACGAUGAAUGUCCCAUCGAGUGGUUCCACUUCUCCUGUGUGGGGCUCCAUCACAAGCCCAAGGGCAAGUGGUUCUGCCCCAAGUGUAGAGGGGAGAACGAGAAGACCAUGGACAAGUCUCUAGAGAGAGCCAAGAAGGAAAGGGCAUACAACAGGUAGCUCCUCUUUCUGGCCCACUGAACAAUGUUAAUGUAUUAAUGUCCAUUUUGUGUCUGUUUAUUGUAUUUUCUAUUUUGUUAUCAAUUCUGUUGAUAAGAAUGAGGAGCUGAAGAGGGAGGUCUUGGAAAUAGUUAUUUUUCUAAGUGUUACAUAGCUGUAAAACAAGUACUCCUUCCCGGGUCGAGGUCCUUUGUCGAAGAGUACACUUAAUACCAAGCAAUCUGCAUGUGUUGAGCUAUCUGGCUCACACACACACACACACACACAGCCCAUACUUAGACUUGGCAAAGCUGUAUCAUGGAUGCAACACAACCAACUCACUGUUCACGCUUUCAUAACAAAUAAACAUUUAUAACUGGUGCAGAAUGUCAUCUAAUUGUGAUGCAGCUAUCCAAA